GCGAUCGUCAUAGUUCGACCUGGACCUUGAGCUUGAGUGAGUGGAGCCCAACGGUAGCGCUCUACUGGUAGCGAUUUAGAAACGAUAAGCGGAGAGAAAGAUCCACCUUGGCACUGUGGAGAAAAUUAAUCACUAAUUAGCACACUUCUAGAUGACCAUGCAAGCAUCAAACCUACGCCUGCAACCUGUUCACAAGCCAGGUUUCACGAAUUCCGAAAGAUUGUGUGCAAACAUGCCAGAUCGAAACAGCCGCAUGUACAUGGAAUAUAUUCCGGUGAAUGCAAGGUGCGCAGGACCGGUGAGGCAUGUCACCGGAGGCUUAGGGCAACGAGAGGCUGUGCAAUAAAGAAGCAUACUUGACCAUGUAAGGAACCGAACAAUAGAGCUAACCGAAAGCGGAAGAUACCAAGCUUGCUGUCGAAUAAGCGGCGAGAGCACCUUGGCCACCGUGGAGGACGAUGAGCGGAGAGCUCCAUCGACGCAGUCGAAGUUGGAGCUCGAGCAACGGUGACUUGGAGCACAGAGGGACAAUAAGACAAUGACGUCAGGGGGCGGGCCGGCGGGCAUGCCUGAAAAGGCAGGCACGUAACCUAAAAAGUCGCGGAUGGGACCUUAGGAGGAACGUCACUACGGUCAGUGUAGCGCCGGCUGAAGGCCAUGGCUGGCUUGGAUUUCAGUCUCUUCUUGUUCCCAGAUCCCCCGUCGUCGAAUGACAUUGAAAAUGCGGAGACUGCCUCUACGUCCACUUUCGUCACUGCGCUCGUGUUCAAUUUGAUUGUCUUUGCUGUCGAAAUCGGGGCUUUCACGCUUGUACGACCUUAUUUCCCUGCCAUCUAUCAACCGCGAACCUACAUACCCUCAGAGGAACGGCGCGCGAAACCCCUCGCAUCACAUAUCCUAGGCUGGCCUUGGGCCAUUUUCAAAGCGGAUUACCAUGCCAUCAAAGAGGCGAACGGUCUCGACGCGUAUCUGUUUGUUCGCUUUCUGCGGAUGAUGGUUCGCGUACUCCUUCCUAUAUGGCUCCUCUCCUGGGCCAUCCUCCUCCCUAUCACUUCUGUCAACACCUCCGUCGCCGACCAUAGCGGAUUAGACAGAUUUAUCUUCGGCAAUGUCGCGAACAACAAGACGACGCGAUACGCUGCUCACUUGAUUCUCGCUUGGUUUUUCACUUUUUGGUUAUGGUGGAAUAUCAAACGGGAAAUGAAGCAUUUCAUCACUGCUCGACAACGCUGGCUCAUCGACCCGCAGAAUGCCAAUUCCGCUCAGGCGCAUACUGUUCUUAUUAGCGGCGUACCUCAACGAUACCUGACUGAAGCCGCGCUCAUGAAACUAUUCUCUGACCUCCCGGGUGGCGUUCGCAAAGUCUGGCUCAACAGGAACCUGAAUGAGAUGCCGGACCUGUACGAUCGUCGUCUGAAGGCCUGUGACAAGCUCGAAUCCGCAGAGACGGCCCUACUACAUACAGCGAGGAAGCUAUACAACAAGGAACUCAAGGCGGAAAUGAAAGCGGCGAAGAAAUCUGGCAAGAAUGUCCCUGUUGCUGACGAGGCGACUAGUGAUGGUCGACCGUUGACUGCCCCGAGUGUAGUCGACACGGAACGCGGGGAGAUUGCACUCGCAGAAAAGUUAGUUCCUCACAAGAAACGGCCAACACAUCGUCUCCCACCGUUUUCUUUCCUCCCGUUCUCGCUCCCUCUCAUGGGAAAGAAAGUUGACUCGAUUGACUGGGCACGUGAAGAAAUAGAGGCAACGAACGAGGCUCUCAAGGAGUCCAGGCGGGCUCUCUCCAAGGACGUUGCCAGCGGGUCCAACCUCCCGCAAGUCGAGACAAAGCAUCCAGGCUCGCUCAAAGCUGCACACACAUCACAGACAUACCCGCCUCUGAACAGUGCUUUCGUACUGUUCAACAGGCAAAUCGCCGCUCAUCUCGCAGCACAAGCGUUGACGCAUCACGAACCCUAUCGCAUGGCGCGCAAGUAUACGAACCUCGCGCCUGACGACGUGAUCUGGGCGAAUCUGAACUUAAACCCGUACGAAGCCCGUGUUCGGUCUGCGAUCGGGUGGGGUAUCACGCUCGGAUUGAUUAUACUCUGGGCGUUCCCUGUGGCAUUCGUUGGUGUGAUCAGUAACAUCCCUGCUCUGUGCACGACAUAUAGUUGGCUAGCAUGGAUAUGUGACUUGCCGGACGUGAUUGUGGGCAUCAUUUCAGGUAUUCUGCCACCGGUGUUGCUUGCGGUGUUGAUGAUGCUACUCCCCAUCGUCUUGCGUUUGCUUGCAAGAUUCGAGGGGGCACCGCAAAAGACGGGGGUAGAAUUGAGUCUUAUGACAAGAUUCUUCCUGUUCCAAGUUUUGCAUUCAUUCCUGAUUGUUACUCUGAGUUCUGGUCUCAUCGCAGCGCUCCCCGGAUUGCUCAACGACCCCGGCUCUAUACCCACAUUGCUCGCACAGAACUUACCCAAGGCCUCCAACUUCUUCUUGACUUACAUCAUUCUUCAAGGCUUGUCCGGAACCGCGUCCGGUUUCCUCCAAGUCGUUCCACUCAUUCUGUACUAUGUGAAAUUGUUCAUUCUUGGAAGCACACCUCGCUCUAUCUAUAAGAUCAAGUAUACCGGUCGAACCGUCGCUUGGGGUACCCUGUGGCCGACCACCACUUUGCUCGUCGUAAUCACGUUGGCUUACUCCAUCAUCGCACCUAUCAUGAACGGACUCGCGUGUGCUACGUUCUUUCUCUUCUACUUCCUCUGGAAAUACCUCUUCCUCUGGCAACUCGAUCAACCGCGUUCAAGCGAUACUGGAGGACUCUUCUUCCCCAAGGCUAUUCAACAUGUCUUCGUCGGGAUGUAUAUCCAGCAGAUCUGUCUCGCGGCGCUGUUCUUCCUUGCGAGAACUGAUACCGAUAGCGCCGCCGCCAUCCCUGAAGGUGUAUUGAUGAUUAUCCUCAUCGUGAUCACAGCAUUCUUCCAUACGGUCAUCAACAAUUCUUACGGACCCUUGAUUCACGCCCUUCCUGUUACUUUGGCGGACAAGGCAGGAGGCAAUUUACCUGACGAGAACCGUAUUGUGGCCGAACGUGAGCUUGAGGAGCAAGAGCUUCUUGAGGAUGGAAAAGGACACAUCGAGAAGACACCCGCGUCACCGACUGCAGCCGCCACAGCUGGCCGGCAGUCCACUUCGUCUGACACACCUUCUCAUCUGAAGACUGGCAAAGCAGAGCCAGACAAUGAGCGGAAUGUGCAGAGAGAGCAGCCUUCUAGUCCUCCCGCUGCGAGCCCUCAAAACACACCUACGACACCUCCUACUCCUCCUACGAGUCCGAAUACUCCUCCUACUGCUAAUACGACGCCACAGACCGCCGUCGCAUCUGAUAACCCUGAUAUACCAUCUAUCAAAGCCAUUGACGAAGAAGAGGGCCAUAAAGAAUUUUAUCACCCAGCUAGCGUUGAGCCCCAGAGGAUGGUGUGGAUUCCGAAGGAUCAGUUGGGCCUUGGUGAGGCGGAGGCGAGUGCGAUUAGGGAGAGGGGUAUUGCGGUUAGUACUGCUAAUGCGGAGAUGGACGCGAAGGGGCAUGUUCAUAUUAGUGGACCGCCGCCUGAUGGGAGGAUUUAGUGACUUUUGCUCGAGGAUGGGUUGUUGUUCACAUUAUAAAGUAUGGGACGAUUUGAUUUGGCCGGGGAGGAUACUAGUAGGGCGAUUAUGGAGUGUAUUCGAUACCCUUUGUAGUUUCACGAGAUGACGGUUUACGGAUGGGCCAUUUACGCUCUUAAUGUUACAUGAUAUCAUUGCGUCUUUGUUGUAGUUUGCAUUUAAUAUAUAACAUACCAACAUGCUGUUACGGU